AUGCCUCCAGUACAACAAUAUCAAUACGGCCACCAACCAUCCAACUUCGACAAAUUCAAAAUGGGUCUUCUUAUGGGAUCUACAGUCGGAGUUUGUGUUGGGGUAUUAUUUGGUGGAUUUUCAAUUAUACAAAAUGGUCCUGGUCCAAAUGGGGUUAUGAGAACUUUGGGUCAAUAUAUAAUGGGUUCAGUUGGUACUUUUGGGUUAUUUAUGUCGAUUGGAUCUGUUAUUAGAUCUGAUUCGGGUUAUCAAGCUAUGCAAACUUCUAUGAUGGCAUCUCAAAGAGCAAAAUUAAGAGCUAUUUACAGAGAUCAACAAUAA